CAAUGUCUAACAAAUCUUGGAAAGAGCUCGAUCCCUGCAAGUCUUCACUUCUGUAAAUUGUAUCGCUCGAUCCCUGCAAGUCUUCACUUCUGUAAAUUGUAACUCAACAGCAAUCAAGUCACGUGAUCCACUUCACCACCACCCACCUUCCACCCCGGUGCACAAUAGCAUUCCCCGCCACGACCACCCGAUUCCACCACCAUGGACACCGUCGACGAAGCCGAAGAACACCAAACCCUAACCUCCGAUCCCCUCACCAACCAGUUCGGCUCGCUCAACGAUCUCUGCCACGAGCUCUCCUCCCUCCAAGACCUCGCCUGUCGCGGCUCGUGGCGCUCCAUCCUCGAUAAAGUCGCUCGCGCUCGCAAGCUCUCUCUCCUCUCCAAGCCCCAUGAGCACCUUACCUACCUCUCCUACAACCUCCUCGCCCUCACCAAGCUCCGCCGCUUCUCCGAUGCCUCCGCCGAGCUCGACUCGCUCGAAGACGACCUCGACUCCUCUCAAUACAAUUACCAAUCCUACCCUCAGCACUACCCCAACCGCUCCGGCUCCAUGGUCCCCUUCGCCCUCCGCUGGCUCCACGCCGAACUCCCCUCCAAACUCGGUAAGCGCCAAGAAACCCUAGAUCGAUUCUAUUUGCUUCUUGACUUAGUACGAACAAAAUUAACCGACAAUGAAUCGAAGAAUUUGAGCGUUUCUGACGAAUUGUGGCGGAAACGUGAGUGUUUCGUGAUCAAUUCGCUAAUCAGUCACCAUUUGAGCAAUAAAGAAUUUGGUGUGUGUUUGAAUUUGGUUAACGAUUUGAUCAAUCGUAGUGGUGAUACGAAGAAUCCAGUGUUGUUGUCGAAGCUAGGGUUUAUUCAGAUGCAAAUCGGAGAUUUGGAAAGGGCAAAAGCAACUUUUGAUAUGAUUGAGGGUUUGGUGAAGGAGGGCAAGGGUGAGGUUGAGUUGAGGAACCUUGUGAGUAGGAACAAAGCAUUGAUAUAUUUGGUUGGGAAGGAUUAUGUGUCCGCGGUGAGGGAGUACGACGAGUGCGUUGAGAGGGACGGUUCGGAUGUGGUGGCAAUCAACAACAAGGCGAUUUGCUUGAUGUAUUUGAGGGAUUUAUCGGAUUCCAUCAAGGUUUUGGAAAGUGCAUUGGAGAGUAUACCUACCGUGGCAUUGAAUGAAACUCUUGUGGUGAAUUUGUGUAGCAUGUACGAAUUGGCUUAUGUUAAUCACUCUGAUAUUAAAAGGACGCUGAGCAAUUGGAUUGCUCGAGUUGCUCCUGAUGAUUUUGAUUCAUCGUCUACUCGGAUAUGAGGAGGAAUAAGGUAUUUUUCAUGGCAAUGGAGUACCCUUUGGGCUGUUACCGCUGUAGUUACCCACCAACAAAAUUUGAGUCUUGACUCAUGCUCUCUGUGUGAGUCGUUUUUGUUUCUGUAAAAUGAUGAAUCUACCUUCUUCCCCGUGAUUAUGUUUCCGGGGUUGAUUACUUAUUUUAAAAACAUAUAUAUGUUUCUGGGGAUUGAUUCCUAAUUUUUUCAUGCUGUCUGGAAUAUAUGCAAUUGCAGAACAGAGACCACCUGGAUUCUGUAUAUUUUAUCGGUUUAGAUUAGUUCAAAAUGAAAUGGGUUUUACCAUGUUUGUAUGUGGAUGCUAUUUCCACAAGAACACCUCUGGCAAAUGUUGAUUAUGCUUCAUUAUAGAUUAAUUAUGUAUAUGUAAUAUGUAUGUAUAUAUCUGCAUUAGCAUUUCUCUUAGCCUGCCAUCCCAAAAGGUUUUUAUUAUAUUAUUAUUAUUAUCAUCAUCGUUAUUGUUAUUUGUGUCCUGUUCAUGAGAGUUGCAUUUGGUGGAUAUGGACUUUACCCAUUGUGGCUCUUUCCUAAGGAUCCUAUUCAUGUCAUUGUCAUCUCUUUCUUGCUGAUAGGCACCUCAUGCUCAUGCUCAUGCACCUUAUUUCUGUGUUUUAUUUUAUAUAUUUGAAAGGAUUUAGUGUGCAGGGAGUUCUGAUUUACUAGAAAAAUAAAUAAGUAGAUAUUUGUAGUUUGGAACAGAAGGUCCCUCGAUUUGAUUUAUUAUUAUUUUUUAAUGCUGAUAUAAUUUUAGCUGUAUUUUUUGUUCUACUAAUGAAGUUGGAUUAGUUUUUAAGAUGCAUUUAUAAAGUUGAAACUAUUAUUAUAAUUUGAAUUAUUAUGCAAGAGUAGUUGUAUAAUUUAUAUUAUUGAGGGUCAGCCUUGGUGCAACAGUAAGGUUGCUUAAUUGUGAGUUAGUUGUCACUGGU